ACCCAUAACCUCCCAAUUUCUCCUCCCCUUUCCCAUAGUGCACCGCGAGGCUCAAUUACCCGGCGCCGGUAGCCAGAAAGAGAGACAGUACUAGACCAGGAAGACUCACGUCAUCACAUGGCGCCAACAGGACACAUGAUGGAGUCCCAGGGCAAGAAUGAGGAAAACCACCUUCGGUGGGACCUAACUCCAGAGCAGGUCCAAACAAUGACCACUGAGCUCAUUGCGCAAACCAAGUGCGUCUAUGAUGAUGUGGGAUCACUAGAGAUGAGCAGUGUUACUUACGAAAACACUUUGAAGGCUUUGGCUGAUGUAGAAGUAAUGUACACAGUCCAGAGGAGCAUGCUUGAUUUUCUUCAGCAUGUUUCCCCCUGUAAGGAUAUCCGUACAGCCAGCACUGAGGCUGAUAAGAGGCUGUCCGAGUUCGAUGUAGAAAGGAGCAUGAGGGAAGAUGUGUAUCGAAGAAUUGAGCACCUACAGUCGAUUUUACCUCCUGACUCCUUGAAACCUGAGGCUAAAAGAUUUUUAGAACGACUUAUCAAACUAGGCCAGCGAAACGGCUUGAACCUCUCCCAAGAGAUGCAGCAGAAAAUAAAGGACAUCAAGAAGCAGAUAAGUAACCUGUCCAUCGACUUCAGUAAGAACUUAAACGAAGAUGUCACGUUUCUUACUUUCUCCAAGGAAGAGCUGGGCGGGCUCCCUGAGGAUUUUCUCAACUGCUUAGAAAAAGCAGAGGAUGGGAAAUUAAAGGUGACCUUAAAGUAUCCUCAUUACUUUCCUGUAAUGAAAAAGUGUUUUAAUGCAGAAACCAGGAGAAAGGUGGAGGCUGCUUUCAACUCUCGUUGUAAAGAGGAAAACUGCAAGAUCCUGCAGGAAUUGGUAAAAUUGAGAGAAGAGAAAAGCAGUCUACUGGGUUUUGACACACACGCAGACUUUAUUCUAGAGAUGAACAUGGCAAAGAACAGCAAGACUGUCUUAAAUUUCUUGGAUGAACUAUCAAAAAAACUGAAACCCUUGGGAGAGCAGGAGAGGAUGAUCAUAUUGGAACUGAAAAAGAAGGAAUGUGAGAAGCGAGGACUGGACUUCGAUAAUAAGAUCAAUGCUUGGGACAUGCGCUACUAUAUGAACCAGGUGGAAGAAACUACUUAUAGUGUAGAUCAGAAUCUCCUCAAGGAAUACUUUCCAAUGGAAGUGGUUACAUCUGGCUUGUUGGACAUCUACCAGGAGUUGCUGGGCCUGACCUUUGAACCAGUCAAAGGUGCUCCUGUUUGGCAUGAAGACGUGUCUUUGUUUUCUGUCCGAGAUGCAGAAACGGGACACCUCAUCGGCAUGUUCUACCUGGACUUGUAUCCCAGGGAAGGUAAAUAUUCCCAUGCAGCCUGCUUUGGACUUCAGCCUGGAUGUCUCCUGCCAAAUGGCACUAGGCAGAUUGCUGUAGCUGCUAUGGUGGCUAACUUCACCAAACCCACCCAAGACGCUCCCUCUCUUCUACAGCAUGAUGAAGUAGAAACCUACUUCCAUGAAUUUGGACAUGUAAUGCAUCAGCUGUGCUCUGAGGCAGACUUUGUAAUGUUCAGCGGAACACACGUGGAAAGGGAUUUUGUCGAAGCACCUUCCCAGAUGUUAGAGAACUGGGUGUGGGAGAGAGAAUCUCUACAGCGAAUGUCGAAACACUACAAGACUGGCAGUCCAAUUCCUGAGGAGACUUUAGAGAAGCUCAUGAAAUCUCGGUUGGCCAACACAGGCCUACUGAAUCUUCGUCAGAUUGUCCUUGCAAAGAUUGAUCAAGCUUUGCACACACAGAGUGGUGUGGAUGCUGUUCAGGAAUAUAGUCGGCUAUCCCAGGAUAUUCUAGGAGUCCCUGCUACCCCUGGUACCAACAUGCCUGCUACAUUUGGACACCUUGCAGGAGGGUACGAUGCACAGUAUUAUGGAUACUUGUGGAGUGAAGUUUAUUCUAUGGAUAUGUUCCAUGCACGAUUCAAGCAGGAAGGAAUCAUGAGCAGAAAGGUGGGUGCAGAUUAUAGGAACUUCAUUCUUAAACCAGGGGGAUCACUAGAUGCCAUUGAAAUGCUCCGUAACUUCCUUGGUCGUGACCCGAAGCAGGACGCAUUCCUUCAAAGCAAGGGAUUGAUUGACCUGACCUGUCCUGUACCUAAUGCCUGCUGAGGCAGUGACCCAUCAGACCUAAUCCAAGCCUGGUGCCUGUCUCCCACAAGAGCAAAACAUUGAACUGUUAAAAAAAAAAAAAAAAAAAACGGUUAAAACUUCACUACCUUAUUUGUAGUAUUCUGUUUACGAUCAAACUAUUAUCAUUAGAGCGAAUUGUUGAGGAAUUCAUAUAUGAUGUUUUUAACUGCCGUUUGCUCAAGCUUAAAAAUGACAGAUGAUGUAAAAAUCUAAAUUGCAGAUUCGCAAAUAAAAUUAAUUCCUUUAUAUUUGAGGCACUUUGGGACAUAAA